AUGAUGUGGUAUCAGGAUGGGCGCCUGAUGAACCGCGAUGGCUCCCGCUUGGAACUGUACCGGACCGCCUUCGUGGGGGAGUUUGGCCUCGGUGCUGUGGAGAUUGGAGGGCAGCAUGACUUCCAAAUCAUCAAGGAAGGCGUCUUCGGCAUCCAUGUCGAGGUUCGAAACCCCACGGCCAACGUGUCCAUGAUGUACCCAAUCUAUAGUGGGAUGGCCUAUGUCUCCGCGCGUUACACGGGCGCCACCCCAAAGAUCACAACGGAGCGAAGCCGCUUCGGGGACGUUUUUGCCUUCAAUAACCUGGUGCAAAUCAGCAAAGGUGUUUGGAGCGUGUCAACAGGCUUCCAUCACCUGAGCCCGCAAUCAGCGCAGCUCCGAAUCUACCUGCUGGAUGCCGACUUGGGUUUUGUCGACGAUUCCUUCCAGUUGGAGCUGGGGUGCGAGCGGAGCUGCCUCCUGCUGAACCGGCCGCUGACCGGCUGGGUCCGCGCCGCCCGCGUCCUCGCGCCGCGGGACGUGGAGACACUGGACCUGCAUGCACCAGCCAUCCCAGUGGGUUGGGAUUUGCAAAUGGAAGACCAGGGCCACGUGCGGUACAAGUUUGAGGUGGCCGGAGGAAAUUCUUCUCUGCCAAAGCUGCUUCAUUGGGCUUAUGCCCAUCAUCAAAAGAUGCUGCAGCACGAGAAUACCACAAAGAUGGCGAAGGGUCUUUCUUCGAGUCAGGCGCCCACCAAGGGCCAUAUGGCUGGCGUCUUGGGCAACGAAUGGCUCUUGAAGGCUCAGUUCUUUAACGAGACCAACAAGCUAGACUUCUUGCCGGUGAUGCCGGCCCUUUCAGCGGAGCGGCAGGCCCGUUUGAUCGAAGAGACCAAGGCAACCCUGCAAGAGCUCAAACGGACGUGGCGGCAAUCCAUGUUCAAGUCUGACUUCUACUUCAGCGGGAAGGGUUUUCAGAAGGUCGGCAUGGUGUGCUUGUUAGCGGAGAAGCUUCUGUCCAGCCAAGAACUGGAGCUUUGCACUCGUUGGCUCGCACGUGGCUUCGAGUGCAUCCUCUACAAGUCGAAACACCCAGACGAUCGAAGUUCACGCUGCGCAGGGGCACCAGGCGGCUUGUUCUACGACAAGGAUUGGGGAGGCUUGCCUAGCAGAGUUGGCUACAAUCCAACCUGGCACUCAAAGCCAGUGUUGCACUGCAUGCUUGCGGAUUUUGGCAACUCCUGCUACAACGACCACCAUUACCAUUUUGGCUACUUCGUGGUCUCCGCCGCCAUCUUGGCCAAACUCAAGCCCUCCUGGACGAAGAACGCGGACUUUGUGAACUUCGUCGAUGGCCUCAUCAGGGACACCUCGAACCCCAGCAGCGAGGAUCCCUACUUCCCACGCUUCCGACACUUCGACUGGUUCGACCUUCACUCCUGGAGCCGUGGCUUGGCGCCCAACCCGGAGGGCAAAGAUGAGGAGUCCACCUCGGAAGAAAUGAACCUCCACUAUGGGAUUCACCUCUGGGGCAAGGAGACUGGACGGAGGUCUAUGCAGCAACUGGGUGCGACCAUGUUGGCCAUGGCCACCGCCACAGUGCAGGAGUUUUUCCUCAUGGCGGAAGGAAACCCUCACCAUCCAGCCGACUAUGCCCGGAAUCGUGCACCUGGGAUGCUUCUGCAAAACAAGGCGCACUAUGCCACCUAUUUUGGGAAGCACUUUGAGUACAUUCAUGGAAUUCAAAUGAUACCGCUCUCACCUGCCUUGACGCUGGCCCGGACACGGAAGUUCAACCAGCAGGAGUGGAGCGAGAUCUUGUGCAAUCUUCCGUUGUCCUCCACGGACAGCUGGACCUCAAUCCUGCUGACGGGCAAUCUGGCCAUGAUCGAUCCACAAGCAGCCUUCGACCGGCUCGAGGAGAUGCACCCGCAAAGCAUGGACGAUGGGCUGACCAAAGCCUAUGCGCUCUACUGGACCAGCGCGAAUAUCGAGGUGAAGCCCAAUGUCACAAAUGAGAGCUACUUCGAUGCCGUGCAGCUUAAGAUGCAGCGGCUGCAUAUGACCAUGAUGGGGCAUCGAUCCAGAGAGGCGAUCCGGAAGGACGAUGAUUCAUCGAACAACAUGCUGGCGCAAGAGCCCAUUGCUCUAGUUGAUUAUCGACAUCAUCGAAGCAAAGAAGAGCAGGUUGAACUGGGCCGCACCAGGGAAAGGCACUUCUUGGGCGGCGUCGGCGCGAGCAAAGGGGAGGACAUUCGGCUACACGGCAGGUGGAUGGAAUUGUCCACCCGGGCUGGUGAAGAUACCGCCUUCCUGAAGUCGGUGCUGGUGAAGAAAGACACCAAGCGCAUCUCUGAAUUCCAUAUGAACAGCAACUCAGCCUUCCAUCCUGGUGGCAACUUCCGAGUCAUUUGGGAUGUGAUCGGCCUUUGCUUUCUGUCCACCGAUGCCAUCAUGCUGCCCUUGACCUUGGCCUUUGAGAUGAACAUGAGCACCCCGCAUUUUGGAGGGACGUUGCUCACCUUGUUCUUUUGGUCGGGAUUCGUCUACUGGUGUUCGGACAUCAUCGUGAACUUCAACACGGCCGUCUAUUCCCAAGGACAGUUGAUCGAGUCACAUCGGGAGAUUGCGUAUCACUAUUUGAAGAGCUGGUUGCUCUUCGACAUGUCGCUCAUCAUCCUGGACAUUGUCAGUGUGAGUCAAACAUCAGGCGACAAUGUUGCAGGUGACCUUUCAAACUUGCGCGCUCUACGAGUGGUGCGGGCCCUGCGCCUGUUGCGCUUGCUGAAGGUCAGCAAGCUCAAGACCAUCAUUCAAGAAAUGGUGGCGUCCACAGGACGUUCGGGCAUUGUUUUCAUGCUAGCCAUCCUCAACACAGCGGUGCUGAUCAUCUUCAUGAUUCAUGUGAUGACUUGUGUGUGGUAUGGCAUCGGCCAAGCCUCCAUUGCAGAAGGCAAGAUCUCAUGGAUAGACAUAUCCAUGGCACAAGAGGAGGACGACUUUACCCAGUACAUGCAUUCCCUGCGCUAUGUGAUCAAUGCACCAUCGCCGCCCUUGGUUGCCCCAGACAACUUGCUUGAGCUGUCAAUGGACACCGCCGCGAACAUCUUGGGCUUGAUCGUUUUAGGUUCAGCGGUAUCGAAGAUCUCCCAGGCAUUAGCUGAGAUGCGUGCCAACAGUGAGGAAGAUGACCGCCAGAGGAGAGAGAUCCGCUUGUAUUUGAACAGCCAGAAUGCACCCUUCGAACUGGUCAGCCGAAUCAUGAAAUUUGUGGAUUACCGGCUGGAAAAGAUGUCCAACAACAGCUUCGACAGCUCCUUGAUCUCCAAGACUCUACAGACCGAGCUCUACGUCAAUCAGAGAAAUGCAUACCUGGUGCAGCUGCCCAUUUUCUCCUUAUCGCAAGCCGUCUAUCCCGACGUCUUUGCAGAAUUGUGCGCAUGUUUGUCCAAGGACGUGUUCGAAAAGUUUGAGACUGUCUAUAUGUUUGGCUCCUGGGCAAAGGGGAUGGUCAUGACACUCAGUGGUACCUUCAGCUAUGUGGAGCAAGAGGGCUCGCCACAAUCGAUUGAGGGCACAAACUGGUUUGAGGAAGCAAGCCUUUAUGUGGACGGCAUGUUGCACAACUCCACUUUGGCCACAAAGACCUUCGGAGAGACCUUUGUCCUCGACGGCGAGGACUUGGUGCAUUGCCUCGUGAAUUCCCCGGGCUGCACGCGCAUGUUCAUGGAAUAUGCCCGUGACUUUGUGGCCAACCUCACGCGUGGAGGAGGUGAUCCUUUCAUCCGUGACACGCAGAUGAAAGCUGGAGAGAAGGCCUGCCUGGCCAACCUUCACUACCAGGAGCUCUAUCAAGAUCCAAGGAAGAAGCUGGAAUACAUCAACACUGCGGCCUUGGUCAGAGGUGAGAUUCAAGCCAUUCCUCCCAGCUACGAGGACCUCACGCAGGUGAAGGUGAAGCGGCAGUCCAUCCUGGGAGCCGCUGUGGCUGCCACCGGAGUGGGCAAGAAGGACAGUCAGAGCUGGCUGCUUCGGCGCCAGGACUCCGCGAGCUCAGCCUUCGAAACGAUUCGGAGUCAGGCGUCCGUGUCGUCUGGUGCGCCGGAAGACUUUGGGCUGGCGCCCUUGGUCGAGGAAGUCAUGAAGGCCCGACAACCUCCGCCGGUGCGUGAGAAUCCUCCCGAUGACAUGGAAGGGAGCAGGCCCGUCAGCAAACAGACCAGCAACUGUCCCUCCAACGACGAGCAGCUCCCGCCACCCAAACGAGUCGUGAAAUUGAUCCCCGAGCUGGACAAGCGUGCUGGGCCCUACAUCAUUUUCGAUCAGGAUCCGGAACGUGGCAGAGCAGAGAGCAGCUGCAUCAGCCUCGUAGCUUUGCUCAUGAAGCACUACGAUAUUUUUACAGCACCACAGCCUGCGCGUGGAAAGCUGCUUCAUCGACAAUGGCAAGAGCUCCUGGACAUCGUUGAGUGGAUCUCACCCACCAAAGAGCAGGUGCAUGGCAUCGUCGUGCUGUUGGCCAUCCGUGGCAUCGUCAAGGCGAAGGCAGUCACAAGGCAGAUCCCGAAGCAGCACCGACGCCCUGAACGUGCAAUCACCUUCCUCAUGGAGUGCUGUCAGCAAGUGGUGCCAUCAGCAACCUUCUUGUCGACGGAGUCCAUGGAAAUUGUGAAGAGCUCUCUCGCAGUGCACGAAACCUUCAACCUCGCGCAGAUGCUCCAGGGCGAAAACGUGCCUGGCAGCGUGGUGAAGUUGAAGGAACUCAUUAGCGAAAACGGAGAACAGGCCUUGAAGAACUACAUGCUCUUUUUGCUGGGCUUCAUGAGCGGUGUGUCUGGUGGUGAGGGCUCCAGGUUCAUGAACGCCAAGAACGCCGAAGGAUUCAUCGCUGGGAUCAAGAUGCUUCAGCAGCUGACAACCUCGACACCGCGGGGCAUCUACUGGGGCUUCCUGGAUGCUCGCGCAGAAGCAUUGGAGAUCCCUCGAGAAACCGCGGAGGAUUUCGCCUUGGUGCGCCUCGCCUGCGUGGCGAGGGUUCAAGACUCCAACUCUUACGUGCAACUGCGGGCUGCCUGGGAUGGCCUGGGUAUUCGUGAGAGAGACCUGCUGAUGGACCACUUCUUAGCCGAUGGCAUUGAUCAAAGAGCCUUCGUCUUGGAGUUCUUGCCUGCAUGCGUCCAGAAUGCGCAGCAAAACAAGGUCAUCGGAUUGAGCCUGCUGCUGGAGGUGCUGGUGGAUAUUGUUUCCAACUUGCAGCCAGUUGUUGCGGCUGCAGCGCUGGGUGACGAAUUGAAAAUCGUGCCGUGCAACCUUUCAGAUCUAGCGGAAUUUGUGGCCGUGGCUCGCAAUCGCUUCAUCUUCCGGACCUGCAUCUCCCGAUCUCGGUUACGUGUCCAGCAAGAUCGAGUGACCCUGGAGAUGACGGGCGGCAACUGGGCAAGGCUCAAUGAGGUGGACAGCGACACCACGGCCUUGGCCAACACCAUGAAGGAGAUUUCUGAUCGACAGCGCGAGUUGGAGUCGCGGCUCCAACGAGACGAACGGCCGCAUAAGCUGCAGAGGGUCAUUUGCUGA